UGAACAAAGCCCCUCCUCGAUUCGAGGACUAGUCAGGCAGUCUUGUAUGACUAUAGGAUUGAAUCUAUGGGAUGGAGAGGGGAUUAUCACUGUUCUGGAGGCACUGACUUGGUUAAUGCUUGAAGUAAAACAUUGAGGAACAUCACUAGCUUGUGGUUUUUCUUUUUCACUGAGAUGGAUGUGGCUUAUACACAUAAAUAACUAAACCGCACAAGCUGGUUUAAUCCAAGCCACAUUUCUUCCAACAUUUUGAUCUCUGUACCGUGCAGAACAUGUUGCCCUAUCGUCAAACCGCUGUACCUUAUUUUAGGAUGUUAUUUAGUGAAGCAUGACAGGCUGGUUUAAGUUUGAAAUUAGAGUAUACUUCCUCAACGAACCAAACCUCCGUUAUCACGGCACUACUGAGGAAAGAUGACAAAUGACUGAUACAUCCAAACCACAUCAUUCUCCAAACAUCCUCACUGGAUUACCACUCAUCACAAUGUCAUUGCAAUGUCCUCUCUUGUUGUCCUGAAACGGUUAAUCAAAUCUGUGAAGAUAUUUGGGUAAAACUGAGAAGGGGAGGAGAAAAUGGGAAAGACAGCGAGUGUGACAACAGGAAACGCUCGUCUCUCUGUAGUUUCCUACUGAAUGUGUGACAGCUCUGCCCUCCACCUUGUUUCCACAUAACUAAGACGCGGUCAGACUAAUGCACAUUUUAAAUCAGCAUUCUGAGCCUCAUGCAGCAUCUUCGCAGAGAAACCACGUCCUCUGCAAGGAAUGAUGCUGAACCUGAGGUUGAACAAAAAGAACUUCCUUCUAGUCAUCGGUCUUGGCUGCAUCUUUGUGAGCUUGCAGAAGAUGCCUCGUUUUCAUUUUCGUGACAGUGGAAAGAAAACCACUGUUACAAUUCUGCUGUGGUACUGGCCUUAUCAGAUUCCCUACAGCCUGGAGGGUGACAAAUGCCUGAAGAAUUAUAACAUCUCUGGUUGUCACCUGGUGGAUAAUCGCACAAGCUAUUCCGACGCCGACGUUGUCGUCUUCCAUCAUCACGACCUGAAGAUACGCGGCCAGACGCUUCCGCUCCAUUUACCUCGACCAGUUCACCAGAGGUGGCUCUGGCUGUCUCUGGAAGCACCAGAAAACAAUGGGAAUUUAAACCAAUAUGCUGGGAUCUUCAACUUGACCAUGUCUUACCAUCCUGGUGCAGAUGUUACAGUACCAUAUGGGGAGAUCGAAGAGAAAGACGGCGACACAGCGACCGAUGAUUUUGUCAUGCCGAAGAAUAAGACCCAUCUGGUGUGUUGGGUGGUCACUAACUACAAGAAUCAUCACAGGAGAUCUAGCGUGUAUCAACAGCUUAAUAAGAUCCUCCCCGUGCAAGUGUACGGUCGCGCCAUGAGGAAGCCACUGAACCAAAGUGCGUUGCUGCCCACGAUUUCCCGUUGUUAUUUUUACCUUGCUUUUGAGAACUCCGAGUCUCCGCACUACAUCACUGAGAAGCUCUGGCGAAACUCCUUCAUGGCUGGAACAGUGCCUGUAGUACUGGGUCCACCACGAAGCCACUACGAGGCUGUCGCACCACCACAUUCAUUCAUCCACAUAGACGACUUUGACUCCAUAGCGAACCUGGCCACGUUCCUAAAAGAACUAGCUGGAGACUCAAAACGCUACAGGUCUUACUUCUCCUGGCACCAAAACUACACUAUCAAACUAUAUACAGAUUGGAGAGAGAGGCUAUGUAAGAUCUGCCAAGUUUAUGACAAGCUUCCUUACCAUAAAAUACACCACAAAUUACCUAGAUGGUGA